AUGAAGCUGUUGGUGCGGAAUUCAUUGUCAUAUUGUGUGAAGAAGAACAAGCCAUGCAUCGGUUGGGUAGAAGUGUAUUUCAAGGAUUGCCUCUGCAACCUAAGAGAUGAAUUAUCCUUUGGUUUUGGACUUGUAAGCUUAGUGUGCUGGGGAUUUGCAGAAAUCCCACAAAUUAUUACUAACUUCCGCACCAAAUCCAGCCAUGGCGUUUCUCUUCUCUUUCUUCUCACUUGGAUUGCAGGAUGCUGGAAAGGUCAACACAAAGAGGCUUUUCAAGAGGUUGAUGAAGUGAAAAAGCCUCUAAAAUCACCAAAGGCACAAGAUUCUGCCAUUCCAAUACCUAAACGCAAUCCAAGAGCAACAGCUCGAAGGGAUGUCUAUUAUUACACGUCAGCAAGAUCGUUGGCAGGCAGCACAACUCCGCCUAUUCGAUCUUAUCUGUGGCCUGUUAGGAGCGGUCCUUCGGCUAUGGGGCUUGAGGAUGACUCGUUAUCUGAUGAUGAGACGGGUGAAAUUUCGAAAAAACAUGUUAGCCAACCAAAGCCAAUCGCACGAUCAGCUGGUUAUGGUGCAUUUUUGGCUACAACAAUAAGCAUGCCUCAGCAAACUAAGGCCUUGAUGCUAGUAUAUGGUGGAUUCACAACGAGGAAACUAUUGCAAGAACGUGAUUCGGAAAAUGUGUAUGGCCAAUGGUUGGGAUGGAUGAUGACUGCCAUAUACAUGGGUGGUCGACUACCUCAGAUUUGGCUGAAUAUCAAAAGAGGCUCAGUCGAGGGCUUGAAUCCCCUAAUGUUUAUCUUUGCAUUGCUUGCCAAUGCCACUUAUUUGGCCAGCAUUCUCGUAAGAUCAACUGCUUGGAGUAAAAUCAAAGCUAAUAUGCCUUGGUUGCUGGAUGCUGCUGGCUGCGUCGUCCUAGACUUAUUCAUAAUAUUACAGUCUGCAUACUACAAAAAUUUUCACAAGAAAACUUCGAGAGGCGGAGAAGACUACGGAGACUAUGUCGAAGCUAACAAUGAGGAUUAA